UAUUAUUUCUCUUUCAUUUCCAAAAUCGACAACGCAGCGAGCAAAGCGUUCGUUCGAUCGCUUGGUCACGUAUACGUCAGCUUUUUAUCAUCAAAUGUCUGAUUUUCUUAUCCCACAUGCUUAGGGGUAACCGAAACAAGAAAAAAUCUAAGAAUCCCAGAACGAGAAGAAAAGUACGAGACCGCCCUCUGGCUUUAGAUGUGAACUAGAAAGUUAAAAGGAUCACGGAGCUUUGUCCGGUUUAAUCUGGUUAUAGUUGGUUUGAACAUUCAAGCUUAGAGUUCGGUGCCCCUUCAAGUUUUUAUUUAGAAGUUUAGUGCAGUGUUUUAACAGUCCAACGAGAAGUUUUAUAGUUUAAGUUUUUACAAAUAAAACAAAAUGUCUGAAGAAUCCUCGGCCGAUCGCAAUGUUGAAAUUUGGAAGAUCAAAAAACUCAUCAAGAGUUUGGAAAUGGCAAGAGGGAAUGGUACAUCAAUGAUCUCUCUCAUCAUCCCACCCAAAGACCAGAUCUCGAGGGUGUCCAAGAUGUUGGCUGAUGAAUUUGGAACUGCAUCCAACAUCAAGUCCAGAGUGAACAGACUAUCCGUCCUUGGUGCUAUCACCUCUGUACAGCAUCGUCUCAAGCUGUACACUAAAGUGCCACCAAAUGGUCUUGUCAUCUACUGUGGUACAAUAGUCACGGAGGAGGGAAAAGAGAAAAAAGUCAACAUUGACUUUGAGCCAUUCAAACCUAUCAAUACGUCCCUGUACUUGUGCGACAACAAGUUCCAUACAGAAGCUUUGACUGCAUUGCUCGCUGAUGAUAACAAGUUUGGGUUCAUUGUGAUGGAUGGUAAUGGAGCACUUUUUGGUACUCUUCAGGGAAAUACUCGGGAGGUGCUACACAAGUUUACAGUGGACCUACCGAAGAAGCACGGUAGAGGAGGUCAGUCGGCGCUGCGUUUCGCUCGUUUGCGUAUGGAGAAGCGUCACAAUUACGUACGGAAGGUAGCCGAGGUGGCCACGCAGCUGUUCAUCAGCGCAGACAGACCCAAUGUGGCUGGUCUCAUCUUGGCUGGUUCCGCUGACUUCAAGACUGAGCUGUCACAGUCGGACAUGUUUGAUCCUCGUCUCCAAUCUAAAAUCAUCAAGCUGGUGGAUGUCUCAUACGGCGGUGAGAACGGAUUCAACCAGGCCAUUGAACUGGCUGCCGAGUCCUUACAGAAUGUCAAAUUUAUUCAGGAGAAGAAGCUCAUUGGUCGUUACUUUGAUGAGAUCUCACAGGACACGGGCAAGUAUUGUUUCGGUGUGGACGACACUCUGCGAGCUCUGGAACUGGGUGCGGUUGAAACACUUAUAUGUUGGGAGAACCUUGAUAUUCAGAGAUAUGUGCUCAAGUCCCACGCGGCCAACCAGGAAACCAUCCUACACUUGACUCCUGAACAAGAGAAGGAUAAAUCACACUUCACCGAUAAAGAGAGUGGUGUGGAACUAGAGCUUGUCGAGUGCCAGCCUCUGCUGGAGUGGCUGGCUAAUAGCUACAAGUCGUUCGGUGCCACCCUCGAGAUCAUCACGGACAAGAGUCAAGAGGGAAGCCAGUUUGUCCGGGGCUUUGGUGGUAUUGGUGGCCUGCUUCGCUACAAGGUUGACUUCCAGUCGAUGCAACUCGACGACGAGGAGUUCGACAACAACGUUUACGACAUCGACGACUAUUAGAAUAAUGACUCACUCACACUACGCUACUUUUAGUCGGCGCUAUAUCAUACAAUAAAUCGCAUAUAAGUCAGUAUAAUAUUUUAUAAAUUAUUACACGGCUACUUUAUCUCUAGACCUCUCUGGAACGUGUCCUGUUGCGUCUGUACGGUUUGCAGUUUCAUUACCGCUAUAUCACUGCUUUGUUUUGAAGUUUUCAUUGUUACGUUUUGACUUUUAUUGUUAAAGUUCUGUAGUUUCUGUUGUUCUGUGUCGUAUACCUAAUAGUACUGCCAAAAAUUAAUACUUUUUUUACUUAACCCAGUUUUUUUUAUAAUAAUAAAAUUAAUCAGCAUCACAACACAACACCUUUACAUCAAUCUAUAAUACUGACUAAAUAAAUCGUAGUUCAUUUAUUAAUAAUAAUAUCCUAGUGUUGCUUGUUUUGCACACCGUACCAAAGCGUAGAUGUGACGUCAUUGACGUCUGUUCCAGAGAUAAUGUAACCGGGUAGUACAAACUUUUUAAAGGAUUAAUACGCGUGUAAUUUUAUGAUAAUUUAUAAAUUAAAUAUUUGGUAGGAAUUAAACAUACGAUGUUUCUUUGGAGAUAAAAAUUAUUAAUGUUAAUUUUUACCAAAUAUAAUAAUAAUUAGAAUCAUUAUGCACGUUUAAAUGCCUUUCAAAAUUUUUUAUAUUAUCAUCAGUAUUUUUAUCUUUAUAUUAUUAUCUAUUUAUUGAAUAUGUCAUCAUUAAACUUUUAGUAAGCACUUUGAAUAUUUUCAAGUUUUUGUUCAUACACAUAUUCAAAAGUGGUUUCGUUGCGUCAUUGCUAGGUUCGUUGAGUUCUAGAAUAUGAUGCUUUCUUUAUUAGGAAAAAUAUACAAAACUGCUGAUUAAACUUUGUAAUUUAUUUAAUUUAAUUUAGGUUAAACGAAAUUUACGAUGAAUUGAGAGUUUUAAAAUUUCCCAUAAUACUUAUUCCCGAUUACAGUUUACAAUUAUAUUUUACCUUUGUACUUUUAAAAGGAGCAACAGAUACGUUUUGACGCGUGCAUAGCGCCAAGGCUUGGAAGCCGAAAAAACUUAGAAUUUUAUAUUCGGUUUAGUUUACGGUGUUUUGGUUCAUUCUAAAGGUUUUUUUUUAUCAAUAAACCGAUUUAUAAAUAAAAUUAUUUUUUGCCAUCGCCGAGUUGUAUGAGUAGUUUCAAACUUAGUAAUAUGUAUCUAAGAGAUCUAUCGUGUUCGUAGGUAACCUCGUAUAUGUAUAUUAAUCUAAUUAUGUUAUGUAAAAUUGUUUGUCAUCGUAAUAAAAAUUAAAUAAUUUGAAUUAUAAAACAUCUCCCAUAACUUUUACACUCCGAACGAAAUUAGCAACAAACCGAUUUUCACCUGAGUAAUAAACGUUAAUUUGAAAACCGCUUCAAAGUCUUGCAUGAAUAGCAAAAUUUAAAAGGUGUUCUAGUAUUUUCGGUUGUUUCGUUAGUCUAUGAAUAAUAUAUAUUGUAUAUUCUUUUCUAUUAUUUUUUCCGUCAAAUAUUUUUCAGAAUAAAUUUCAAAUGACGGAGAAAGUUGUGUUAUUAGAUCGCGCCGAAGUAGCGUAGUGUACAAAUGGCUUAUGAAAGUUUAAGAGUCACAUUCCUGGAACAAUAUUAAUUUUAGUACUUACAUUAUUGUGGAUAUCGACCUUAUCAUGUUUCGCUUUUGUUCUCUGCGAACAGGAGAGCGGAAAACCAAACACUUCGAUAUAACUUGAUUUGUUAUUUUUAAAGUCAUGUAAAAUUAUUAUCAUUUAAUUUCACUACUGGAAUUAACUACACAAAUUAAAUUUUUAACGAAAAUUUAUGAACGAUGCGGGACUCGAACCCGCGACCGCUAGGGUUCCGUCCUAGUGCUCUUGCCAACUGAGCUUAACCGUUUUGCCAACUUGAAAUUUACGCACCAUGCGUUCCUCGAACGGUUGGCUCAGUUGGUAAGAGCGCUCGGACGAAAACCGAGAGGUCGCAGGUUCGAGUCCCGCAUCGUCAAUAAAUUAUUACAAAUAUAAUUUGUAUAAAAUGCGUACGCCUAUCUAAAAUGUCUCCAAGAAAAUGGUAUUCGGUUAUCCAUUACUAACUGGUGACUGUACCCUUGUUUGCCCUUCCAUUAUUUUUAUCUAUUGCAAAAAUAAAACUUUACGGAGAAAUUUUGAGGUUCAAUUGUUUUGAUAUGGUUCAAAUCUCAGAUAAAUAAGUUUUAAAUAACAUAUAGAAUCAUUAAAAAAAAAUACAGAACUUAAUUACAGUUUAAGUGUCCAAUUGCAAAACCCGCCAUCUAUGGACCAACUCAAACAAACAAAAAACAGCACUGUUUUUCAUAUAUUUUCACGCAAAUAAAUUAUUACUUUGUGGGAGCAAUUCUCGUGACUAUCCCUUUGAGAAGAUUCAAGUCGAGAUCGUUUAUCGAUACCAUUUAUCGAUACUAGAGAUGUGACUCGGGAGCGUGUGGCGAUCGAACGAAUGCUAGUGAUGUACUGUUCAUUUCGUGAUAUCGAUUCUAACUAUUAUAUUAAAUUGAUCAUCUAGUAUAAUCCGGUUCGGAAUUAGCUUAAUCUUUAUGUAUUUGCAAAUAAUUGUGUCACGAAUUACUGUUAAUAUUAUGUGCUAUAGAGGUGAGCGCGCAAAUAUACGGAAAUGUUGAA